AUGAAUUUUACAUCAUCCACUUCUAACCCUUCAUCUUCACAGCCUAAAAUUAAAAUUGCAUCAUCAGAGGAACAGUCUUUUGAGAAAGCUUUGUCAGAUGUUGAUUUCAAAGGUGGUCGGUCGACAUAUUUUCGGGUUGCUUUAGUUGGUGAAAUUGGUUCGGAGAAAAAUAAUGUCCGUCGAGCGUAUGUUCAACUUAUGUCAAGUCGGAGCAAUCAACUUGAAGCCGAGAAGGCGUUGAAAGAAAAUGUUUUUGAGCCUAUUGAUGUGCUCGAUUCAAAUGUCGUCACCGUCCUGGGAUUUCAGAUUGAAUUAAUGUGCGCUGAGCGAAUUGUUGAUUUUAAACGAAUCCCAACGAUGAUCCGUUGCAGUUAUCUGGAUGCUAUCAUCAUUUUCUAUCACAUUAGUAGCUUGCGACAAUUCGAAAGCAUUCACCAGAAAUGGGUUCCAACCAUAAGACGUCUAUAUCGUAGCACACCUUUCAUUAUUUGCGCAACGGGGAUCGAGGCACGCCUACCACGUGACGUCCGUCAAUUGUUAUUAAGAAAACAGCUUGGUGAUGUUGAAAUUGAUACCACGACAAAACCACCGUACAAACCGAGAAAUCAAUUUAAAAAAACGGGUAACAAAGAUCCACGAACAUUCCAAAGUUUAAUUACAACAAAAGUUGGCCAAAGUUUGGCUACAGAACUGAAAGCCUCCUAUUAUUGUGAAGUAUCCACUAAAACCUAUGAAGGAAUUGAAGAUCUUUUCAACGAUGUUUUAGCUGCAAUUAUAUCUUCGCAACGAUCUAAAAUUUAUUUGACACGUAAUCGAGUUGGAAGGCCACGACCAAAGGAUGCUUGUGGUAUUAUGUGA